GAAGAUUGUGAAUCAUUAGAAUAGAACUCUUUUAUGUCUGCUUAUCCAAAUCCUCCUAAGCGUGCCUUUUGAUUUGGUAUUAUUAACAUUAGGUUGAUGAGUAAAUCAAGAAUGUGAUUGAGAGGACUUGUCUGCAAUAUGAAAAGAACUUGAUUGAAGGGAAAUAAAACCCCCCCGAGGUGUCUCUAUCGACUACUUUUUUGGAAAUUGGCUUGCAACUUCUUGGUGUUUACAUAUAGACUUGUUUGACUUGGAUCGAGAAACUUAGGAGUGUUAGUAGAGGCAGAGUGAGCAGCUAAAGAAAAUCGCCAAACCUAUAGGAUUUGGAACUUGGAAGGCUUUAGUGUGAUGGAAUCAUCGUCAUCUUUGUCUGGAUCAUCGAAGAGGGCCAAGGCGCCAGGCAGUGUCGGGCAGGUAGCUCAUUGCUUGGUUGAUGGGUGUAACGCUGACCUGAGUCGGUGCAGGGAGUAUCAUCGAAGGCAUAAAGUUUGCGAGGUCCACUCGAAGACCCCAAAGGUCACGAUUGGGGGUCGAGAGCAACGGUUCUGCCAACAGUGCAGCAGGUUUCAUUCUUUGGCGGAGUUUGAUGAGGUAAAACGGAGCUGCAGGAAACGGCUGGAUGGUCAUAACAGGCGUCGAAGGAAGCCUCAGCCCGACAGUCUUUCGAAAAGUUCAGGAAUGCUGUUUUCUGGGCAACAAGGUGCUAAACUUGUGUCAUUUAGUAGUUCACAAAUGUUUCCAACUUCCACUGUUAGCUCUACCUGGGCAGGGUUUUCGAAAGCUGAGAAUGAUCAUGUGGUUCUGUACAGCAACCAAUCCCAACCCCAACCCCACUUAAACUACAUUGACACCCAAAACCAGUUUAAGUUCAUGCAAGGCAGCAGCGAGGCGUCCUCGAUCUCCCAUCAACCGCUCGUUGAUCAGGGAAACAGCAGCAGCAGCCAGAAGUUCUUCGCUGCUGGAUUAAUGUCCCAAAUCGUGGACUCUGAUCGUGCUCUCUCUCUUCUGUCAUCAGCCUCGUCUGUAAAUAGGGAGAUCGGCCUGAGCCACGUGGUGCAGCCCGGGGCUAUCCCCCACCCCCACUCUCUCGUCCACUACGGGGGCCUCACCAACUACCCUUUCAACGCCCACGAAAUCGAAACCAAGCCUGGUGCAGACUGCCACGCCAAGAACACCGCCCACCUCCAAUUCCACAACGUGAUGCAAAAUGCCCCGACAACAGAUGUUUCAUCCACAGGUGGACCUCACCACACACACACAUUCAUGUGGGAUCAAGACUAGGUUUAUUUGCAAAUCUUGAGGGUGGCCUACUGUUAUCUAAUAAACCUUUUUUUUGGUAUUGGAUUCUUUGUCACCCCUCAAACAAAGGGCAUGAUGUUACAGAAUGUCUCUUUGGCUCCUUGCAAUCAAAUGCCUUCAUUUCUGGCCUUCCAUUCUCUCUGUUAUUAGCUUUUUGCUGCAAUCUCAGCUUUCCUGUCUUCUGUGUUCAUAUAUUGCUAUAUAUGCAACAGUGUUUAGUUUUUCAUUACAAUAAACAGAUUAUGCAGCAGAUUAGAAUUAAUUGGCUUAUUAUGACAGCUAAAUUACAAGAUCAACAUCAUUGAGUUAA